UGGCAGAGCCUGCGGCAACCCAACGGUGCCGGGCAGCGGGGACUCCGCAGCAGCCCGGUACCCAGCGCCCCGAGCAUCCCUCCGGACAGCCCCCCACCUCCCCCCCAGCCCCAGCAUGCCCCCCGCCUUGCCCUGCGGCUGAGCAGCUCUGCCUAUUUUGGGGCGAGGGCAACCCACAAGAAGUCCUCGGCUCGCAGGACAAGGUGACCCACAGACCCCACCCCGAGCGAUCGUGGAGGUGGGACACCCCGGAGCAUCAUGGCACACCCCAUCUCAGCCUUCCAGGCUGCCUACAUCUCCAUCGAAGUGCUCAUCGCUCUGGUGUCCGUGCCGGGCAAUAUCUUGGUCAUCUGGGCUGUGAAGAUGAACCAGGCGCUGCGAGACGCCACCUUCUGCUUCAUCGUCUCUCUGGCCGUGGCCGACGUGGCCGUGGGGGCUCUGGUCAUCCCCUUGGCCAUCAUCAUCAACAUUGGGCCUCAGACAGAGUUCUACAGCUGCCUGAUGGUGGCCUGUCCCGUCCUCAUCCUCACUGAGAGCUCCAUCCUGGCGCUCCUGGCCAUCGCCGUGGAUCGCUACCUGCGGGUGAAGAUCCCUGUCAGGUACAAGAGCGUGGUGACCCCGCGGCGGGCGGCCGUGGCCAUCGCUGGCUGCUGGCUCGUGUCCUUCCUGGUGGGACUCACCCCCAUGUUUGGCUGGAACAACCUCAGCAAGAUGAGGAGGACUCAGGAGCCCAACGGCAGCCACACGGGCUUCGUCAUCAAGUGCCAGUUUGAGACAGUCAUCAGCAUGGAGUACAUGGUGUACUUCAACUUCUUCGUCUGGGUGCUGCCUCCCCUCUUGCUGAUGCUGCUCAUCUACCUGGAAGUCUUCAACCUCAUCCGCAAGCAGCUCAACAAGAAAGUCUCCUCCAGCUCCAACGACCCCCACAAGUAUUAUGGGAAGGAGCUGAAGAUCGCCAAGUCCUUAGCGCUGGUCCUUUUCCUCUUUGCCCUCAGCUGGCUCCCUCUGCACAUCCUCAACUGCAUCACCUUGUUCUGCCCGUCCUGUGAGACCCCGCACAUCCUCACCUACGUUGCCAUCUUCCUCACGCACGGCAACUCCGCCAUGAACCCCAUCGUCUACGCCUUCAGGAUCAAGAAGUUCCGGACAGCCUUCCUGCAGAUCUGGAACCAGUACUUCUGCUGCAAGAGCAACAAAAGCACCACCACCACCACCACCAUGGCUGAGCUGGACAACUGAGAGCUGGGACAGAGAGCAGAGAGGGGGGUUCUCCGUGCCCGAGCUGCUCCCUCAUCCAUCUGCUGCUGUCCCUGCCUCAGAAGGGGCACCGAGGACCUGGGAGCCUGUGCAAUGUGAACAGCCCUGUCCCCACAGCUGCCAGGGGGUUAUUUAUUCACAAGCAUUGUACUUGUUUGGAUAUUGUAGCCUGCACUGUUCCUUUCCUUUGGGGUUUUUUUUUCCAUGUCCUUCUGUUUGGUUUUGUUUUUCUUGGGGUUUUUUUUAAGGGUUGCCAAGUAUUUAAGGAGCAAUUGUACAGACAAAGGCUCA